GGGAUCUGGGGCUCAUAUAAGGGGAUGUGAAGGCGAUAUGGGCUGCUGAUAACAUCUUCACCGACGAUUACAAUGCCAACUCUCCGCCUUGGAAGCAUCGCGCCCGACUUCGAGGCCCAAACCACCCAGGGUCCAAUUAAGUUCCACGAAUGGAUCGGCGAUUCUUGGGCCGUUCUGUUCUCCCAUCCUGGCGAUUUCACCCCUGUGUGCACCACUGAGUUGGGUGAGGUAGCCCGCCAGGCGCCAGAAUUCGCCAAGCGUGGCGUCAAGGUCAUCGGUAUCUCUGCGAACACCUUGGAUGACCAUGAGAAAUGGGUCAAGGACAUCAACGAGUACGGAUCUAAAUUCGGCCCCACCGACGUCCAAUUCCCCAUCAUUGCUGACCCGGACAGGAAGAUCUCGACUUUAUACGACAUGUUGGAUGCUCAGGACGCCACCAAUGUCGACGCAAAGGGCCUCCCGUUCACUGUCCGGACCGUCUUUGUGAUCGACCCUAAGAAGGUCAUCCGUCUCUUGAUUUCCUAUCCCGCGUCCACCGGCCGCAACUUCGACGAGAUCCUUCGCGUGAUUGACUCGCUCCAAAUCGGCGACAAGCACCGUGUCACGACCCCGGUUAACUGGAAGAAGGGCGACGAUGUGAUCGUCCAUCCCUCGGUGUCGCAUGAGGAGGCGAAGACGCUCUUCCCGGAGCACACCGUGCACAAGCCUUACUUGAGGACGACGCCUCUGAACUUGCCCACCUUGUCUACCAUUUAAGGUAUCAGAUGUGAUUAUACGUAAUGUACCAUGGGCGAUUAUUGCAGGAAAUAAAUGGAAAUACCGUGUCUGUUGUAUAACGCGUAAAACUCGUAUGCUGCAGCACUGGGCUAGGUUAUGCGGAUGUCAGUAUGUACUAAUUAUAACAAGUGAGCGGCAAGGGC